AUGUGGUCGGGGGCUGGUACGCUGUUGCUGCUGUGUGCAGUUGCACACGCAUUUCUCGAAGGUCCACAUGUUUGCACCAGGAUGGAAACGUACACAACGACAAUCCGAGUUUCAGAGAAGCAACCAUAUCAAUCGAAAGAAUACGCUUGGUGCUUUAACGUGCCUCCGCGAUGUUCGAAGUACAAGAUAAAGUUUCGUGAGGUGUUCAAGACAGAGACACUUGUGAAACACAGGCCGGUGGAAGAAUGCUGUGCGGGUUACGCUCCCGACGAGCGGGGGCAGCAGUGUGUGCCUGUGUGCGUUAAUAGUUGCGUGUACGGGACAUGCGUGGCGCCAAAUACGUGUGCGUGUGCGCACGGAUAUGGGGGACCUGCCUGUGAUAUAUCGUGUCCGGAGGGGAAGUGGGGUCGCAACUGUCAGAAUUCUUGCCACUGCGUGAAUGGAGGCAUAUGCGAGCCUUUGACGGGUGAAUGUGCGUGCGCGCCCGGGUGGCGCGGCAAGUCUUGCGAGCAAGCGUGCAAUCCGCCCAGCUUCGGCGACAACUGCGAGCAAACGUGCCAGUGCAAGAAUAGCGCCACUUGUAACCCGGCUAGCGGUGCUUGUGACUGCUUGCCGGGCUUCACGGGACCACUAUGUGAACAAUCUUGUCCCGACGGCGACCCAUGCCCGCAAGGUUGCCGCUGCCAAAAUGACGGCAAAUGCAACCCCCUUACUGGAGAGUGCCAAUGUAAACCUGGCUGGACCGGGGAAGUCUGUGCCAAUAAAUGUCCUUUAGGAAAAUGGGGUGAAAAAUGCGAGAAAACUUGUGAGUGUGCCAAUGGAGCUGGCUGUCAUCAUGUCACGGGUCAUUGUCAAUGUGAAGCUGGAUUCACAGGAGAAAAGUGUUUGGAGGUGUGCCCGCUGGGCACGUACGGCGUGGACUGCAUGGGCAAGUGUUCGUGCCAGCACGGGGGCGCGUGCGACUCGCAAACGGGCGCGUGCUCGUGCCAGCCCGGCUGGAGCGGCGACUGGUGCGAGACGCGCGCCUGCCCCGACGGCAAGUGGGGCGCGCGCUGCGACAAGGACUGCGAGUGCAACCCUCUCACUACCGACCUAUGCGACCCGUGGAAGGGCGCGUGCGAGUGCGCGGCGGGCUGGGGCGGGGAGUCGUGCGGGCGCCAGUGCCCGCUGCUCACGUACGGGAAAGGGUGCCGCAACACAUGCCGGUGUGAGAACAGCGGACACUGCUCACCGGUCAAUGGCUCGUGCUUAUGCGCACCCGGGUACAGAGGUAUUCGUUGCGAGGAACAAUGCCCGUACCCUUUGUAUGGGGACAACUGCGCCGACCAAUGCGACUGUCACAACAACGCCACGUGCUCGCAUGAGACCGGACAGUGCAUAUGCACCCCCGGGUUUGAUGGCUUGAAAUGCGACAGACCUUGCGACGGCAAGACGUUUGGUUUGAAGUGCCUUCAGCAAUGCAGCUGUGAAAACGAUGCCCCUUGUAAUCCCGUCAACGGCGAAUGCAUUUGCCGUCCGGGGUACCAGGGUCCCAGAUGUGAGCGACGUUGCCCGGUCGGGUAUUUCGGUCAGGGUUGCCAACACGCAUGCAGUUGCUCAGAGAACUCCAAGGGCUGCCACCAUGUCACUGGACAGUGCAUUUGCGAGACAAACUGGAGAGGUGUACGUUGCGAGACUCAAUGUGCCGAGGGUCACUACGGGGAGGAGUGCUUGGAGCGUUGCCAAUGCUUGAACAAUUCUUCGUGCGACGCGGCGAGCGGGCGAUGCGUGUGCGCCGCCGGAUGGACGGGGCCCGACUGCGGCCAGACUUGCCCGCCCGGCACUUACGGCGCUGGUUGUACGCAACUCUGCCCAGAAUACAACGGCAACACGACAUGUGACCCAGUAACUGGUAGCUUCUCGUGUCCUAGCGGGUACACCGGGGCUACUUGUGAAUACCCCUGCCCCCUCGGGACUUAUGGGGUCGAUUGCAAAGAGAAGUGCAUUUGUAAAAAUGGCGCGGAUUGUCAUCAUGUCACUGGUGAAUGCCAAUGUUUGCCCGGUUGGCGUGGAUUACGUUGCGGGGAAGCCUGCCCCAUUGGGUGGUGGGGUGCCGGAUGUUCGCAGCCUUGUCGGUGUGCCACUGGUGCCGCUUGCAGACCAAACGAUGGGUACUGCCGCUGUCCACCGGGAUAUACCGGAAACUAUUGUACUCAGUUUUGCCCAGAGGGCUAUUAUGGCGACCAUUGCAUGGAGGCUUGCAAUUGCUCAUCGCAUGGAAACUGGGAGUGCCAUCCGGUCAAAGGUUGUAUUUGCCACCGGAAUUACAUCGGCGAAAACUGCGACAAACACGCCAGCGACGCCAUCGUAAGGGCGGAAGGAGGUUCCAAUACCGGUUUGACGGUGGUGAUGAUAGUUCUAUCUCUGCUUUGCGCCGCGGCGGCCAUUUUGGUGUUGUUGUAUUAUCGCAAGCGCGUGCGCAACCUUAAGCGGGAGAUAGCGCAUGUACAUUACACCGCCGAUCCUAACUCGCAACCAGAGCAACAACAUUUUGACAACCCGGUGUAUUCAUACCAAGGGUCGACGGGCGGCGACGACUCUGCCACACUCUUGAACAAUGCCAACCAUAUUUUAAAUAACUUGGGUAGCAAACUCAACAACACCACCAUGGAGAAACUGAGGAUGUGUCCCAGCGGAUCUACUGACACACCGUCGAGCACUUACGACCCUCUUGCGUCCUUGAAGAACAAAGAUGCUGACGCCAAUAAUCCCAAUUUGUAUCAUUUCAUCGACGACGACAAUAAGUUGGACCACGUGUACGACGAAAUCAAACAUAAGGAAGGUUAUGAAAGGGAAUAUGAUCACCUGAACUACACGCCGCCAGUGAACAAGUGGAAGCAGCAUUACCAAAGAAUGGCCAAUAACAUACUAACCGUUCCAGGCGUGAACGCAGCGCCAUUAGCGGGCAGUGUUCGGGGGGACUCCCCCACUCCGCCAAUACCGCCGCUGCCAAAGCUCAAUGGCGCCCCUGUCCCUCCCAAGAGAGAUGAAACCAAUAUUAACGAGUUUGUUCCACUCCCGAACGAAGAAAAUACCAUUCCUUUACCCCCAAAGAGAGAAGGCAGCCCUAACUCCCCUGACACUGUAAGCGACAACUCAUUAAUGCCCCUAAAUAAUCCUCUACGAAGCGAAUCGAACCGUUACAUGUUGUUAAAGGACUAUGGAUCUUAUUGA